GGCACCAUGCGGGCGGCCGCCGGGGACGUGGUGGGCAUCCUCUGCUUGGUUUCUGUGGCGGCCACGCUGGAUUUCAAGUACCACCACGCCGAGGAGCUGGAGAAGUACCUGAAGGGGGUUCACGCCGAAUACCCCUCCCUCACCCACUUGCACAGCAUCGGGCGAUCGGUGGAAGGUAGAGACCUGUGGGUUCUUGUUCUGGGAAGGUUUCCAACCCAUCAUAAGAUUGGCAUUCCAGAGUUCAAGUAUGUUGCUAAUAUGCAUGGGGAUGAGACCGUUGGGAGAGAAAUCCUGCUCCAUUUGAUAGACUUCCUGGUGACCAGCUAUAGACAUGACCCAGUUAUUACCCGGUUACUCAAUAAUACCCGGAUUCAUAUCAUGCCAACAAUGAAUCCUGAUGGAUUUGAAGCUACAGAAGUGCCUGAUUGUUAUUACACACGAGGAAGGUACAACAAGAAUGGAGAAGAUCUGAACAGAAAUUUUCCUGAUGCCUUUGAAAAUAACAACGCUAGCAUUCAGCCAGAGACUCAAGCAGUAAUGAACUGGAUAAAAAAUGAAACGUUUGUUCUUUCAGCAAACUUGCAUGGGGGUGCCCUGGUUGCCAGUUACACCUUUGAUAAUGGUAACUCAGUUACUGGCUCUUCGAAAGGCUAUAGCAGAUCUCCAGAUGAUGAUGUCUUUAUUCACCUGGCAAAAACCUAUUCUUCCCACCAUGCCAGCAUGUACAAAGGGACUGGGUGUGACAAGAGACAAACCUUUCCAGAAGGCAUUACCAAUGGAUACUCUUGGUACCAGUUGGAAGGUGGAAUGCAAGAUUACAACUAUGUCUGGGGACAAUGUUUUGAAAUUACAUUGGAGCUGUCAUGCUGUAAAUAUCCUCCAGCAGACCAGCUGGAAAAGUUCUGGAGAGACAACAAAGUUGCUCUGAUUGAAUAUAUAAAACAAGUACACCUAGGUGUCAAGGGUCAAGUUACUGAUAAGAAUGGGGAUCCUAUUCCCAAUGCCAUUGUGGAAGCCAAGGGAAGGCCUCAUAUCUGCCCCUACAGAACAAAUGAACAAGGGGAGUACUAUCUUCUCCUUUUGCCUGGGACGUAUGUAAUCAAUGCUACUGUACCAGGAUUUAAAUCGAUGCUGAAGACAGUGGAAAUACCUGACAACACUGGUAACUUCAGUGCUUUAAAGCAGGACUUCUCUUUCUCAGAGGUCUCUAUCAGACCAAGAGUUGCUUCAUGUCCCAAAAUUCCCCUGUACCAAGAGCUCACACGGGCUUCAGCUGCAGUAAAACCAACCCUACAUGUCUUGGUUUUAAUGACUGCUCUGCUUGUAAUUUUAAAAUAAAGUCAGGAAUGAGAUGUUAUGGCCAGGCAAAAUCCACCUGCACAAAUGUGGCUUUGUAUAUGCAAAAGAAUGUCUGUUUUUAUAAACCAAAUUCUCAGAUUCACAAUCACGUUCACUGUAUUUUGUAAAAUACUGGGUUGACAAUCAAAUGUUUGACUAUAUUUUUAAUUGUAAUAGACUAUCAUAUUUUUCUAUAUAAGUAUUUUACUCUGAAGAAAUUUUGUACAGCCGAUGGAGAUAACUGUAGAAUUUCAAUGCAGAAAGUACAAAUACAUUCUCAAGACUUUGCCUGAAUUCAAAAAAAAGUUGAGGAUUGUACUGCAAAUGUUUUAUGCAAGCUCAGGUUCCUCUCUGAACCAACAGCUAAGGUGCCACACAACUGUAAGUGAUCAGAUCAAUCCUAUUUUCUCAUAAUAAAGCCAUUGCUAUAAAUGAGGAAUGGCAUUUUAAAAUAUGCUUUUUCUUACCUGGACAGAUGAGACUGCUUAGGGCUCAAAUGAGGUAAGACCAGUAACACAGACAGGUUUUAAGACAAAAAGAUGGAAAUGAAGUGUAAGUAUGUGCUGAAGGGCCACGCUCCUGGAAACUGGAUUAUAAUCUGCACCAUCAGGAAAAAGGGAGGAAUUUGUGUCUCUGAAAACAGUGUUCUCCUACAGCAGAGCUGCUGAAAACAAUGUGGAAACAGUCACUGACAGCUUUAUACCUUGUCCAUUUUUAACUGAAUUUGGUGUGGAACAAUCACAGACAAUUCAGAUUCUUUGAAUAGCUUUAGCAGCAGCUUUAUAUUGCUUAAGUAGUUUCAGAGCCCUGCUACUACACAUGCCAGGAGCUGGCAGGCAUACUCAGCAAGGCACAAACCAGAUCCAGUUACAAAGGCUGGUUUCAGCACUCCCCUGGCUGGGCUGAGAUGUUGCAGGCAGGAUUAGCAGAUUCCUUUUGCCUGGCCAGUUGCGAAUCAUCCUCUGGGCCCUUUGAAGCUGUCCAAUAAACACAAAAUUUAUCAAGAAAAGCCAGUUAGUACCAUCUCCUGUGUUUAUCUUAAACUUUAUCUGCCAGUAAUUUUCUUACGCAAUUUCAAAAGCAAAGCAGAAGAGAUUAUCUUUGGAAACAUCAAUCUUUUCCUGUAUACAGUAAAUAAAAAAUGCAGGAAUGCA